AUGGCGAUUCGUAACCAACUUUCGGGGAGUUCAAGGACGACGACGACGCGCGCGAGUGUGUUCGGACGUGAGCGAGGAGACGAGACGACGCGUUGGUGUCGUAUACGUCGCGUUGGAGCUCGACGAGCGCCCGAUCGUCGAGACGCGCGCGUGAGAGCCGGUUUGAAUCCGUCGAGCUCGGACCUCGCGCGGUGGUGCGACGCGCUCGACCUGGACGACGUCCCGCGUACGUUGGACGACGUUCGAUCGGCGUAUCGCAGGACGAUGUUACAGAAGCAUCCAGACGCGGGGGGGUCCGAGGCGGCGGCGAUGGCGGCGAUUGAGGCGCGAGAGGGGUUGGCGCGAGCGCUCGCGAGCGGGCGCGAGCUACGAAGCGCGAGGGAGGCGUUGGAAGAUCCGUUCAGCGCGACGGCGUUGGAGAUCGAGUUCGACGGUGCGCGUUGGGCGUUUGUGGAUGAGACGCGGUGCGUCGGGGAGGCGAACUGCUCGGCUUCGUGCGCUAGGAAGGCACCGCGGUCGUUUGAGCGUGCGAGCGACACCGGAAGCGCUCGAGCGCUUGAGCGAGAGCCACCGGUAGAAGACGGCGCCGAGGCGUACGACGAGUGGGUCGCCGCGACGCAGUGUCCGAUGAAUUGCGUGCACUUUGUCACGCGGCGUCAGCGCGACUAUCUGAGUGGGGUUUUGGAGAACGCGCGAACCGGUGCGGCGUCCUGGGCCGACGCGUCAGCGCUCGCGAGCGAGCUCAUCGCUCGAGCGGAUUACAACAACGGACGCGAAGCUGGUCGACGCGCCGCGGACGCGCACGGGUGA